UCUCAGUCAAAACAGGUGCUAGAACGUGAAGCUCCUCCUAUACAUCACGGACUAGACAUUGCAUGUGAAAUGUCGGACUGGGAAUAUUCAAUUUUGUAAAACCGACAUCAAAUUCAUCCAAUCGGGGUCAUGGCUGAUUUCGAUUUUGAUACAUACAAAAAAACGAUCUGCGAAAGUCAUUACCGUUUUAACACAAAAUCUACAGCCAUUCUACGUGAGUACAACUGGUGAUAAAAAAAACCCGCGUAGAAGGUUUUUACGAGUGUAGUGAUCACUUUGCCAUAGAGCAGGACCUUCAUCCUUUAUUUUGAUUAUAUACGUGGUGGAUAUAGAUGGGAUACAUAAAGUGUAUGAUACAUUGCUCGUUAUAAUGUUGAAAAACACUCGAGCUGGGUCAUAUUUGUGGUGAGUUUUCAUUCGACAUCCCUUCGCGGUAUACUGGAUUAGUGUGGAAUUUCAGGAGUCAGGCUGAACUAACAAGACCACUGCUGAAUUACCCACUUGUAAUGUUCAGCUUGCCCUCUUGGAACACGAGCCGGAGACUGCCACCUUUUUCUAUCAUGUUGUAAUGACAUAUCAUGUGUAGUGUGUUUUAAACAACGAAAGGCAAUACGAGUGAACAAAGGUUUUAAAGCAGUGUUAUACAAGCUUAUUUUCAGAUACAUUGAAGGUCGCCUGAGCGUUUGACGUUUAAGCGCUUUUGUGAUCAUAUUGGGAGUUUAGUUGUGGACCUUGAUCCCUCUUAUGAUGGACUCGCUCACGAAAAUGAUGCUCGAUUUGGGCGGUGUGCUCUUCUUUGUCCUUUUAAGUGUUGAAUUUUCCUCGUCUGCAGCAGCGGGCAACAGUUUAUACCGGAAUGUCAAUAUAGCAGCCACAGUGGGAUUGGAAUGUUUCGUGGAUAAGGAUGAUACACAGAUAGUUUGGACAAGGAACAGACAUAUACCAGUUGUUAUUGGGACAAUGGUCUUGGGGGACAGUCGGUUCAAGUUGAUGAUGGAUUACCCACGAGAACGUCAUCUCCACAUAGAAAACGUCAAAAUGUCCGACGCUGGCUCGUAUGAAUGUCUAGCACCUGAUUCCCAAACAACGCCACUAGUCAUAUACAACCUUACAGUUUUAGAGUGAUUCCAUUCCAUUCCUUUCCUUCACGUAUUCGUUCUUGUUCCCGUUCUGUACAACAUGUGCUGUGUAUAAUACCUGCUCGAACUCUUCAGAAUAAAGAACUCAUCAUCUUAUAUACCGGCUUUAUCUUGUAUAAAAAGCAACACGGUUACAUUUGGAGCCCCCAGUGAUCUCUGAUUCGACGGUAUUCGACUUACAGGCAUGAUGUGUUUGCUCUAGCGAUAAUCGUAGUAACAGUUGUCGCCUGACAGCGACUUUGUGGGAUGUACGUUCACAAUGUACGUGUGCACAAACACCAGCUGAUCGGGUGAAGGUCAGUAUUCAAGCGUCUGCUUGAUGGAGACUAUUUUUUACAUCAGUACAGUAGUGGUUCUUGAUUCAACCGCGCAGGUGACUAUGAUCAUCCAAUAUGGCAGCAGAAUGUGAGUGUUUUUAUGACUUGCCGUUGAACUUUCCAUUAAACUAAUGACUUGUUGCAACAUGCCAGCGUCUUCAGGUAUUUAUGUGUUCUGACAAUAUUGUGUGAUUUCAGAAGAUCGACAU